CUGAUACUCGCUUCAGGUUGCUUUUCACCGUUGUCUGCGUCGUAUCUUACCUCGAGCGUGUGCAAGACGAACGAGGCUUUCUAUUUCAACGUUCAACCGAAAGGCAUCACCGUCCGUGAGAACAGCCGCGCCUUCCUCGAGUGCAAUACUAGCACCUUUUGCAAUAUCCAGUUUCAUUGGACUCUGAAUGACGUCAUAGUCGCUAAUACCACUCGUCGGUACCAGAACGGUUCAAACCUGGUGAUCACGCGGGUUAACCGAUCGCUGGACACCGGCAAUUUCCACUGUAUCGCUACGCUGAUCACUAACGGCCUUGCCCGCGAAAGUCAGCCCGCCGCGCUAUCUAUUUUGUGUAAGUUUGCUUAG